AUGUGGACAGACCAGGAUUUUCAGACCUCUCAUCCCAUUGGUAGGCCUUAUCCUUACAACAUAACCUGUGCCCCAGUCGACUACGCUGCUGGACAAGAGCCCACCACAUGCAUUCUCGGUUCGCUUCCAGUUUACGCCGUCCACGCUACAUCUCGUGCGCAGAUCCGCUCUACGCUUCUGUAUGCUCGCCGACGCAACAUUCGCCUUGUGAUUUCUGGCACAGGGCAUGAUCUUCUCGGUCGGUCUGACGGGUAUGGUGGUCUUGAACUUUGGCUGCAUGACUUCAAGAAUGGCAUCAAGUUCCAAAAGACGUAUAGUUCGGAAAAUAAGUGUGCUAGGUCUGGCUGGAAGGGAAGCGCGAUCAAAAUCGACGGUGUCUACCAAUGGCGCGAUGUCAACAAAGUCGCUAAAGAAAACAACGUCAUCGCUGUCGGUGGAGGCUCCGUCUCACCUGGUGCCAUCGGUGGGUGGGCAUCUGGAGGUGGCCACGGGCCAGCAACGAGGAAUUAUGGUCUCGGUGCUGACCAGAUCCUUGAAGCCGAGGUCAUGUUAGCUGAUGGACGGGUCGUCAUCUGCAACCAUUGCGAAAAUACUGACCUUUUCCGAGCCCUUCGUGGAGGCGGACCCGGGUACGGAAUCACUCUUAGCAGCACCAUCAAAGCACAUCUCAACGUUGAUGUUGUUACCGCCCAUCAUCUGCAGCUUGCUCCUCUGGAAAAGACAGAGAACAACUCAGAACUUCUGGACGCUAUUUCAGUAUUGUUGCAGAUGCUUCCCGAUCUCAACGACGCUGGCUUUUCGGGGUACGGUUUCUGGUUUCGUAAUUUCCCUACCGUCUUUGUUGGGAAUGCGACAUCGGGUUAUUCUCAUGGCUUUUGGGCGAUCGGUACUGGAAAAGAUGAAGCUGAGAAGGCCUGGGCUCCUGUACGCAAAGCUCUGUCCAAGUUUAAGGACAAGCUUUUCAUCAACGAGAGUUGGGCAAGCUAUACCGAUUACUGGUCCUUCUACAGCGCUGAGUCGGGACUCCAUGAUCCAGCAGGAGACACUGCGAUUUUGACCUCGAGACUGAUCAACCGCGAGUCUUUGAAGGACUACACCAGUGUACGUGAUGCUGUCGAAGUAAUCAGCGGCAAGCCUGAUGAGUUUCACUCAAACGUUAUCCUGCUUGUCUCUGGUGGACAAGUUUUCAAGGACGCCAAGGACAAGACAUCUGGUCUGAACCCGGCCUGGCGCAAAUCGCACUAUGCUCUUAUCUCUGGAACAGGCAUCUCAAAGACUGCCAGCCUCGCAGAGCGAAACAAAGCCAAUUACGAGACGACGUUUGUUAAGGGUGCGGCGCUGAAGAAGCUUGCACCUGACAGUGGCGCUUACAUGAAUGAAGGGGACCGCCACGAUCCUAAUUUCAAGACGUCAUUUUAUGGAGAACUGUAUGACGUUCAUUUGAAGACGAAACGCAAGUAUGAUCCAUUCAAUGCGUUUUACUGUCCAACAUGUGUUGGGUCUGAUGCCUUUGUUGAACGACCUGAUGGGCCGUUGUGCAAGGCGGAGGGUGAUUGA